CCGAAGUUGAAUUACUUUAGAAUAUUCUAGUGUACUGAAAUAAAUUCAUUCAGAUGGUUCUGUUUAGAUUAUUAGCAGCUGAAACCGUCGUGUGUGUUAGACCGAUGCCGUGUGUAGCAAUAGUCUAGCUUCGUAGUAAUAGUGUACACACACAGUUGAAGUAUAGAACUAGGAAUGAAGCUCUAGCGUUUAUAUAAUGAACUUAUUUAAUAAAAACAUUUUUUGAAAUGAAUAAUAGAGACUAGAUCUAUUUAUAAUUAGGAUUUAGAUCUACGGUUACAUCCACUUUGCUCUUAUGCAAGUACAGAUCUAGUAGGUACAUUGUACUAAAAACUUAAUUUUUCAAGACCUUUUUACUUUCAUUCCUAAAUAACAUCUCUGCUAGUUUGGUGUUUAAUCCGUUUUAUUUUAAAUCCGAAACCUCUCACAAUAUAAAUUUGUUUUCCCUCGGUCAAUGUUAGAUCUAGACUUGAUCUAGUAAUUAUCUGGAUAGAUUGAAAGAUGGAUAUUACAUCUCUGAACAAUGAAAGAAAGAACUUCACGGCGCCGCCGGAAGACAGUAAUCAUGCCUCCAACUUUACGAUACAGGUCUAGUAGCAGCAGCAACAGUAGAGUCAAGAAAGGACCCGGCUCACGCAUGCGUAUGCGAGCGUGGCUCGAGGACCUGCUCGACCGCGAAGAGUGUCGAGGCCUGGCCUGGGUGGACAAGACCAAGAACAUCUUCUCAGUUGUGUGGAGACACGCCUCCAGCCACGGCUUUGAGGAGAGUGAGCACAGUGACGUGUUCUAUCGCUGGGCAAAGCAUACAGGAAAGUAUAAACCAAAUCAAAGCAAUCAUUCCAGUUACAAGAGCAACUUCCGUUGUGCCCUUCACAGUUUAAAAGACUGCAUAGAGCUCACGAAGACAGGGGAUAAAAAAGGAGAGAAGGCCAAACGAACAUUUCAGUUUAUUGACCCCUCACAUCCUCAGUAUAAAAAGAAAAAGGCCAAAAAAGUCAAGGUUGAACAAGAAUCCAGUGAAAACAGCAAUUCCAGAUUUCCUGAUGAGGGAGAUUCCUCAUUCUUGGAUUUGCCAUCUUCAGAAUCAUCUUCACCAUCUUGUUCAUCUCUUGGAGCAUUCCAUACACUGGUCAGUGUAUCACAGACCAGUGUAACACAGAGCAGUGUACUACCACAGAGCAGUGUACUACCACAGAGCAGUGUACUACCACAGACCAGUGCACCGGUAAAAGCAUUAUUCUCAGGCGAGAAUAUAUAUGUUUCCUACACUGACUCUCCUGUAUCUCCAACAGCUGAUCUCAGCUUGAACAGGGUUAAACCCGAACCCCAAAACAUUGUUCCCCAUUUAGAUAUGCUGCUGGACAGCAACAUACCAGUGCAGGAUGUGCAAACAAGUGGUCGAAAUGAAACUGUCCAGCGUCCAUUGUUUAUGCAAACAGAAACCAAUGCGGAAGGGAUAACAACAAUAAUUUUGCAUAACAGUCAAACCCCAGCACCUACCUUAGAAGAUCUUAUUCCGAAUGUAGGUGCUGUGUCCAGCUCACCCCAGCAGCAGUCAAGUCUGUCUACCUCAGGGAUCACUAGUGAAAAUAAACUCUACACAAUAUACUUGAAUCCCAGGCUCACUUGUGGAGGCAACGUCAAAACAAUGAAAACUGAUUCUGAAGUCAUGCAACUUCCUAUAACUUUUUCCUGUUCCAGUAGUAGGCAAACUGCUUAUCCAGAUCUGGAAAUUGCUUCCAAUAUGGAAGUCAAUGACUCUCAAGAUUUGGAACAACAAGAUUUUUUAUCUGAUGAGUACAGAUACACUGAAGGAGAUUCAUUGGCAAAUGUCAUCACUGAGCAGAUGUACCCUGAUGAUGAAGAAACGCUCUACAUUUUAUCUGAAAAUACUGAUGACAAUUCGAUUAUUUCCCAGGAUAUCUAAAUACUGCUACAUGUGAAGACAAUUCUGGACAUUAAGAAAACUUUCAAUGCAAGUUUCAAGUACCUGUUUAACUAAUCCAGAGAGAGUCGUGAAAUAAUGUGACAUAGCGCGGAGUGGUGUCUGGAGUAUAGAGAUAAUAAACUGUUCAAUUUCAGUGGUUUAUAUCCUGUGAAUUUAUUCAAGGGAAUAUAGCAGCAUGUUUGAACUAUUUUAGUUUUCUUCUGAUCAUUAGUUCUGCAUAGAUAAAGCAACUUGAAGUGAUGAAGUGUUCCAGGUCUCACUACAUUGAGUGUAGAGGAAACCAAAACAUUGAAAGUAAUCUGUUCAGUGAUGUUUUGUUCAUCAUUGAUUAUUUUAUUAUCUAGCAAGACAAUCAACCAUUAAGAUUGAUUACAAUCUACUUGUAAGGAUGUUUAUUAUAGUGGCCAUUUAGUCCUGCAUUUUUCUGAAUGUGUUUGCUGAAAAGCUAAAGACUGUCGAGUGUCGAGUCUUUUUCUUAAAAUGUAUGAAAUUUUUAAUUUCCAGAGAUCUAGUGCAUACAAAUAAUUGGAAGAUAGUGUUGUGACGAAAAUAAUGUCAAAUAAUUUGAUUAGAUUGUUUUUCUUUUUUUUUUGCUGUUACUUUAUAACAUAUUAAAAAUGACAAGAUUAAGUGUGUAGCAAGUUUUAAAACAGAAAUUAGGUUUCAAACAUACAUUAUUCUUUUUAUGCAGUAAUUGAAAAGUUCAAAAGUACAAUUUUUUCCAUUUCUUCUCUGCACCUUUUGUGAAAGAUUUUUUUCUUAAUUUUACUCUGGUUGCACUUUUUGUUUCCCCAAUAAAAUAAAUAUUAUUUCACAAGAAUGUACUAGUCAACAUUGGGAAAGAGAAAAACUAUAUGACUUAAAGAACUGGCAGUGCAUAUUGAACUCACAAGUACUAUAGAAUAGAUACAUUAUUGAAAGUGCAAUGUAGUGUUAGGAUUCUGUAAAGUAUUAGCUUGAGGUUUGUGUGGCAUUUUACAUUUCAUCCAGAUGAUCUCUUUUCCCUUUCCAAAGUGUCUUGUGACUCUAGAAACCAAUCCUUGACCAGAGUUUUAGUGCUCGGAUGAAACCAAAUGAAACCAAGUGUUUAUGCUAUUACUUACUUUUUAAGGGAAAAUUUAAAGAAAAAAAAAUUGAUGGCGUCCAUAUUAUUUGACGUGUUUGUUUUAUAUGUUUCCUAUGUUCCUUUAGAUUUAAAGAUUAUUACAACCUAGCCUAAACCUUAUGCAGGGCGGCAGGGUUAAAACCUUUACAAACAACUGCAGAAUCAGAUAUACAGCCAUGGACGGCUGCCUGGUUUGCGCGCUGGACUGUCGUUCGGAUUUGUCGAGGGUUCAAACCCUGCCUGCUCCCAUCCCCCGUCGUCCUGCGGGAGGUUUGGACUAGGAAGUAAACUAUCUUCAACUCUGAAGGAACAUCCGAAACAUGUAAAAAAAAAAAAUUUUUACAGCCAAAUAGGAAAUGACUUUUUUUCUUCAACAUAGCACUACUUCAUUACAAUGUAGCUGGAUUUACAUUAGAGUAACACUUUGGAUUAACUAAGGCAUCUACUAAGCGGAAUUUCUAAUUUGAUUUAUUUAGUGUUUUUUUUUUAAUCUGUAAUGUUAAUAGUCAUCUACAUUUUUUUUUAUUUUUUUUUUUACUAAAAUGUGAAAAAUCUUGCUGAAAUCAUCGACUAGAUAAAAUGUGUACAAAUUCAAAAACAAUUUUCUAUAUUCUAUUCAUUCAUUCUGAAAAACUUCCCAGCGACACACCUCCCUUGAAAAAGUUAAACAUAUCAGAUAAGUUUGGCACACUGACAUAUAUAUAUAUGUAUAUAUAUGAAUUGAUAUUGGAAAAGAAUUUCACAUAAAGUAAAAACUGAACUAUUGAGGGGGGAGGAAAAGUUGCCAACUAGCGAAUGACUUCCCUAGUGUUCAAAAAGGGAAAUCACUCAAAACAAAAGAAUUGUGAUAGCAAACUUCUGAAAUGUCUUUUGUUUUUGUUCAAAGUCUACCUACCAAUGUGACAGUGUUGAUGUUUGCUAAAUUAUAUCCUUUGUACAUUGUAAUUUGUAUUUAUACUUGUACAAAAAUAUUUUAUCCCUUUUAUCAUUUUUUGGGGUCUGUAAUAACUAGAUCUAGUUUAUUUGUUUAUUCAUUAACAUAUUAAUGUGAUGUCAGCUGUUUAUUACAUGUGAAUGUGUAGAGAUUUAUGAACACAUCAAACCAUAACAAGACAAAGACUUUCUGCUCUCAGCAUGGUCUGUUAAUUAUAGCUAGUGGAUGUCUUCCUAGAUGACAUGUUUAGUUACAACCACUAGAAUUUAUCUCCUUUUUUUUUUCACUAUUGACUCUGAAAAGUUUCAUUCUUGGCACACUGACAUAUAUAUAUAUAUGAAUUGAUAUUAUUAAAUGUCUAUUGCCUUUUAGGAAAGUAUUCAUAGAUAAGUAAUUGCUUUGCUGCUUUUAUUUAAGACAGCCUUAUAAAUAUAGAUCUAGUGACUGACUUGUGAUGUGUGUUAUGUGUGUCUGUAUUUUACUCAUCUCUGACCAAAUGAAAACCAGAAAACUAAUUUCACAAAUCUUUAUAAUGCCAAUUUUGUUUGUAUUGUUGUGAUUAAUGUAUUAUUCUCGCUGUAGUUGUGAUUUUCUAAAUCUCCUGUAUGUUAGUUUAUAAAACAAUGAGGUGUAUAAAUAUAUAUUCAUUCCCCUGGUUUAAAUUUAUUCAUUUCAGUCCCUGGAUGUAUGAACUUGUGAUGGACAGAUGUGUUUGGUUAUAAAGGCAUUUUGUGUCCAUUUCAUUUGGUGAUAUAUAAAAAGUUGAAUCGUAUGUGUUUGCAAGACAAACAUUUGAUUUUUUUUUUUUAAAGACUUUGUCAUUAUAAAUUGUGAUGGACAGAUGUGUUUGAUUUUAAAGCCAUUUUGUGUCCAUUUCAUUUGGUGACAUAUAAAAAGUUGAAUCGUAUGUGUUUGCAAGAUAUUUAAUUAUUUUUUUUUUUAAAAAGACUUUGUCAUUAUAAUGCAAGUUUGUCAUUAUAAUGCAAGUAUAAAUUCAUUUUAUGGAUUCAUAUAUUAUAUAAAAGAAGUUUAUGUUAGUAUUUUGAUAACAUUUCACCCUGACAAGUUGUAACUCGGAUUGUUUUAUUACAUUUCAUUCCAUAUAUGUUAUUACAAGAUUGUCAAAUAACAAGAUGUAAAUAAUGUAUUGAAAGUCUGUAUUUCAACACCAUCAUUCUUUGUAUUGACAAGUUAGGUUUCAAAUCUGAGUAUUAAAACUAUGAUUUUGUUUCACUGUUGAAGCUGUUCUAUCACCCACAAGCCUUGAUGUAGGACUUUGUUAGUGUGAUGUUAAUAUGGUUGAACUUUAUCAAAGCGUCUCUGUCUUGUUGACUUUCUCACUAUAUUAACUCACAUUGUGUUGUAAUAAAUGUUAUUUUUCUGA